UAAAGGGGAAGAGGAGGAGGGAGAGAUGAGGGACAGAGAACGAAAUGGAAACAACGAACGAAAUUUAAGACCUAAUUUGGUUAGGAAUGGGCGGGAUGGCGCCGGGGAAACGUCUCUUGUCUUGUGUAGUUGUAAGAACGCGCGAGGAAUCAGAGUUGUGUGCCUCGGGGCAGAAAGGCGAGACUUAAAGAGCCGCGGAGUGGAUAAAGAAAAGGUUUGAGAGCGCACCUGCCCGUCACCUCCGUCUCCUCCCACUGACGUGCCGAACGACAGCGCUCCUCGGAUCCCGCAGCCCAGAGAGGCCAGCACUCGCUCACGAACACAAAUACACACACACAGAAAACAAAACACGAGCGGCGUCCCACAAUGCCUCUGGUAGUGAUGCACUCGUCCCCCCUGUUUUGGGCGCGGCUGGCGGCCAUGGUGCUGGCGUGCGUGGCCUUCAGCGUGGCGGUGCACGGGGCGAACCUCCGGCACGGGACGGGCGACUGGUGCCUGUUCUGCUGGGGCUUCAGCUUCGUGGGCACGCUGCUGGUGCUGCUGGUGGAGGCCUUCGGCCUGCAGGCCCGGGCCCCCGUCUCCUGGAAGAACUUCCCCAUCACCUUCGCCUGCUACGCCUCCCUGCUCUGCCUGUCCGCCUCCGUCAUCUUCCCCCUCUACUUCCUGAAGGGCUACCAGAGGAGCGACCGCACGCGCGACUACCGCAUCGUGGCCACCGUCUUCUCCUGCCUGGCAACGGUGGCGUACCUGACGGAGGUGAGCAUCAGCAAGGCCCGGCCCGGCGAGGUGGUGGGCUACAUGGCCACCGUCCCCGGCCUGCUCAAGGUGUGCGAGACCUUCGUGGCCUGCGUCAUCUUCGUCUUCAUCAGCGACCCGGUGUCCUACGACCGCCACGACGCGCUGAAGUGGUGCCUGGCGGUGUACUGCGUGUGCUUCAUCCUGUCGGCCGCCAUCAUCGUGCUGUGCGUGGGCGAGUGCACCGGCUGCCUGCCCUUCUCCUUCGCCCGCUUCCUGUCCGCCUUCGCCCUCCUGGCCGUGCUCAUGUACCUGUCGGCCGCCAUCAUCUGGCCCGUCUUCCAGUUCGACAGCAAGUACACCCGCCAGACCAGCCGCCCGUCCUCCUGCAGCAGCAGCCCGGGCCUAUGCCCCUGGGACAAGCUGGUGGCCGUGGCCGUCCUCACCGUCGUCAACUUCCUGCUUUACCUGGCCGACCUGGUGUACUCCGCUCGCCUGGUCUUUGUCUCUGUGUGAGGGGAGGGGGGGCGGAAGGGGGUCGUGGGGUUGGGGAUGAAAAAAAAAAUGUCUUCCUUUGGUUCCUGCUCUUCAAAGAUCUUCUUUGCUGUUUAAAAAAAAAAAAUGUGGAGCAUCUUUGGUUCUGAGCUCCCUGGUGUCCCACAAUGCACCUCUUCUUAACCGCUUGCCUCAAAGGUAUAAUGUAAGACCCUGACGUUCCCACCAAUAGCAUUGCAACAUGCAGUAACCAGCCAGUACAAAAUCCCUGUUUUGCCGUCUCAUUGCUGCAUCUGAUUGGUGACAUUUAAAUUCCGAGAGUCUUGCUGCAUCUGAUUGGUGCAUUUAAAUAAGGAGAGUGUUAACAGCAUGUGAGCACCCCCCCCCCCAUCAUUGAUUCAACAGACUCACUAGAUGCUCAGCUCUGUGUUCCCCCACAUUUAAGCAUUCCGACUGUGAUAUUUGUGUAGGGGCAUGACCAAGUACAAUACCGUGACGAUGGAAUAUCCUGUACUGUAAUAUAGCGCUGGAAACUCCUUUUACUAGUCCCAGUCUUUCGUAAUUAACAGACCUGGGUCAAAUGCUAGUAUUUGCUUUGGUCGUUUUUUGCAGGAUCAGUUACACCAGGCAAGAUCAGUAGAGCACAGAAAAGUAUUUGAAUCCAAAACAAAUAUGUAUUUGACCCAGGUCUGGUGAUUAAGCAGCAGUCAGGACAAUCGGAACACAGUAGCUGAGUAUCUGGUACGUGUGUGUCGAACCUGUGACCCCAGCCAAGACAGCUCUUUAAAAAAAUGGUGUUUAGGCUAAAAGACUUUCCAGAUUGGUCCAGACGGCUGCUCGCACAUCUCACCUGGUCCAUUUAAAGUGUUAUGGGUAAAUCAGUUUGUGGGAUUUUCGUGGUCGAUAACCGCAGAUCGUUUUUGGAAAUGUAAAAACGCGGGACUCCCAAGCAUUCUGUCAGUCUGGCUGUCUGUACCCCCAAAAAACCCAGGGUCACCCCCAAAAGAAAGCAGAGACGGCCUGUCCCCAAAAGCAAUGGAGCCCUCUCUUCCAAAAGAAAUACCGAAAACAAAAGCAAAGCCAAAAACAGAAGAAUAUCCACCACAACAUUAGCUGCAAGAAAAGAUACUGUUUGUGUAUUCUGUGUUGAGCUUUCAGUGUUAAGUGGAUCAUAUGAAGUGUUACAAAAUAAGUGAGUCUGAAUUUAAAAAUUUUUCUUUCAUUUCGACUGAUUUUACUGCAACUGCCUCUGUUUUGUUUUUUCACACGAUAAGCCAAAAUUAUUGUAACUCCUUUAAAUUUUACAUGUUUUUAUACACAUGAGUAAUGACUUGAAAAUUAUUUGAAAUCACAGACUCGUUGUUUUAUUGCGUGUUUAAUUGUAUUACUGUAGCCCAAAGUGCCUCUAACGUGUUUAUCAUUUUAAAGAGAAAUAACCAGCUAGUUAAACUGCUGUUAUAUUUCAAAGCGUACAUAUAAUAAUUUGUGUUAUAAUUUUGUUGAUAUAAUUAUUUGCCUGGGGCCUGUAUCAUGAAGCAAGAUUACUGUUGUUGGAUAACUGCACUGAGGAAAAACCCACUUUUUACUUCAGUUCCUGUUGCAUAUUUGGGAGGGUCCAGGUUUUACUUAGUGCAAGUUAUCCUGCUAAAUCAGUAAUCCUGCUCCAAGACACAGGCCUCUGUUCAUGGUUGUUAUUUGCUUUUUUGCUUUUUGUUUGUAAACCAAUUUUGCCAGCAUUAGGUGUAAUUUUUGGUAACUGGGGCCUAGAAUGGCUAUUUUAAAGGCUUUUUGGAGCACUGGAGAGUGGAGAUGGUUAAAACCAAGAUUAUUAUGUAUUUUCAAUUCAUUUUUAUUUCUAUAAUAUGUUUGAAUUUGGUUUCCAGUGUCAUUUUCUGGUUUAGUUUCAAGUCAAUCUUUGUUGCUCUUUUGGACAUCCAUGCCUGUUUCCUUUUUGUAUUAUCUUGCGUUAGUUUUAGCUGCAGGGGGGCAAAUGCAAGUAUCAGUUAAUUUUCAGUGCCAUCAAUCACCUUUGCCUUAGAGUGGAAACAUCGACAGCAAAUUAACUAGACACUUAGACACAUUUGGUUUCGCAGUAUAAAUACGCCAUUUUAGUUUGCUGAAGUGAAUACCUUUUUAAAGUAACUGAUUUAAAGUAACAUUUUUUAAAGUAACAUUUCAUGGACUAAUGUGAACAAAUGAUUACCAAUGAUUAAGUAAUAUAGGUUAUAUAUUACUUAAUAUAAUAUCCUUGCAUUUAUAUAGCACUUUUCUCAAAGUGCUUUACAGCGAUGAAGGGGAACUCACCUCACCCACCACCAAUGUGUAGCACCCACCUGGGUUAUACAUGGCAGCCAUUUUGCGACAGAAAGCUCACCACACAUUAGCAAUGUGGAGAGAGAGAGAACAUUUUUUUAGCCAAUUAAAUCAGGGGAUGAUUUUGGUGGCAAGUUUGCGAGAGCCAGAUCUGGGAUUUAGCCAGGACACCAGGGAACCCCCUACUCUUUGUGAUAACUGUCAUGGGAUCUGUAAUGACCACAGUGAGUCAGGACCUCGGUUUAACGUCUCAUCUGAAAGACGGCAUUUCCUACAGCAGUGUCCCCGUCACUGCACUGGGGCAUUGGGGUUUAUUUGAAGGAAGAUUGCCCCCUGCUGGCCCACCAACACCACUUCCAACAGCAACUCAGUAUUCCCUGGUGGUCUCUUAUCCAAGUACUAACCAAUCCCACACUUGCUUAGCUUCAGCCAUUCGGCAGGAGCAGAGUGCAUGGAGGUAUGGCAACUGACGACUAAUAUAUAAUAUAUAGAUCUUUUUAGCCACAAAAGGCAAAACGCAAAGCUUCUGACAAUUAACUGACGUUACCGCAUACCUAACAAGAAGCUUUUGGUGACUUUUAAAAGUUGAAAAGGUACAGUCCAGUAUUUUUAAUCUAUUCAAAAUAACCCCAGAACCCGAUAUCAUUCGCUGGCCAUGGGAUUGAGGUGCAUGGGGUGAUAGCUAGCAAGGUUUGAUCACUGUUUUGUCUUAACUCUACACUUUUCCAUUUAGAGUGUUUAUAAUACACUAUGUAGCGUAUUGCCAUCUAGUGGCUGCAACUGCCUGGACGCCCAACAGACAGGUCAAGAGCUUUUAUCGUCUCUUUUGUUAAAAAAUAUAAAAAAUUAAACGAUAUGAAAAUUA